AUGAGCAGACCAGAAUUCAUCGAAGACGCAACAAUAAUCGGUGGAUUGAUCGGAGUCCAGUUUAUAUACGCCGGAAACUCAAUUUUGAACAAAUAUCUCAUGUCUGAAGGCCUUCCUCAGUCUCCUUAUAUCAUCUCCCUCAAUUUCAUCACCUUUCUUAUCCUCUCCCCUCUUGCAUUUUUCUUCGAAAGGAAAGCAUGGCCGAAGCGAUUGAGCCCGAAAUUAUCUGUUCAGUUGGUUUUGAUAUCGUUUUCAGGGGUGACGUUGUUUCAGUCGUUAAUGUUGAAGGGGAUAAACUUGACUUCAGCAUCCAUGGCUACAGCAAUGCCAAAUCUUGCACCAGGUCUCGUUUUUCUCAUCGCUUGGGCAUUUAGGUUAGAAAAAGUCAACCUCAGAUGCACGUACAGUAGGGUCAAAAUUGUGGGUACUUUCUUAUGUGUGGUGGGGGCCAUUACAAUGACUAUUAUGCAAAGUACUAAAAGGAAAACCGUCGCUAAAGAUAUCUUCCCACACGACGCCUUGUCUCCACCAACUGAACACUUCUAUAUUUUCGAUUGGGACCAUAUUAUCGGUUGCUUGUAUCUCAUUGCUGCUGUUAUAGUUCUAUCAAGCAAUGUCAUCUUGCAGGCUAUAACUUUAAGGGAUAUGCCAACGCCUAUAUCGUUGUGUGCAUUAACAUCUUUAAUUGGUGUGAUGCUAACUUUGAUGGUUGAGUUUAUUCAAGAUCAGGAAAUUGGAAAAGAAUGGCAAGUGUGGUGUUUAAAACAGCUUAUGUGCUAUGCUUUAUUGGCUGGAACAGUAUCUGGAUUUUGUGUAAGCUUCAAUGGAUACGCAAUGAGGAAGAGAGGUCCUGUUUUGGUUUCCAUGUUCAAUCCCAUUGGCACUGUCAUCACUGUUGUCAUUUCUCGUUUCUUAGGUCACUCCAUUGCCAUUGGAAGCGCCUUACAGGUAUGUUUGUGA